CGGCAGCUCAUUACAAACAGCAAAAUUACUGCUUUGCCCUUAAUGUAUGAGGAUUCAGAAAACACAUUGGAUUGGAGAAAAGUAACAUCAAGUCAUCAACUACCUUCUCAACCGAUCGUAUAAAGAAAAAGUUCGCCGGAAAAGCCGCCGGUGUUUAUCGUCGGCCGCCGUGAACGGUAAGAAAGCAAAAAAAAAUAGGAAUCAAAAUGGAAUUAGCAGACAGAGCAGUUGGAUUUCUAUUGUCCUUUAUAAGCUUAUCGAUAUUCACUUAUUAUACUUUCUGGGUUAUCAUCCUGCCCUUUGUAGAUGAUGACCAUUUCGUACACAAGUAUUUCUUACCCCAAGAAUAUGCCAUAUUAAUACCUGUUUCUGCUGGUGUUGCUCUUAUUUGCCUCUUAUGCAUAUUUAUUGGGUUCGUGAUGCUCAAAUCCAAGAAGAAGAAGGCAUAAUGUAUGUUGCACAAUUUAUUUUGAUGUUUCGAAACAACAAUGUGUUUUCUCUAGCAUUUUAUACAUGAAAAUGGAAUUAUAACUAUGCCAUAUGACCGUAGUGUCAGGAAUUGGCUACCACAUUACCUCGUUUUUGUAGCUGGCAGGGAGAUUUUUUGUCCUUAAUGUAUCUACUAUCUAACAUGCAACAUGGAUUUGGUUCCUCUCCGUUUACUCUUAA